GUUCCACCCUCCUGGCUCUCCAGUGAACAGACGGGUGGUGUGUUUUGCAACGAGCGGUGAGCGCACACAUCACCUCAUUCUGAUCAGCAACGGGCCAGCAACUUGGAAGCAAGCGGAGUGGCUUUGUGUGCGUUCGUACCUGCAGGGAACUACACGAGGGCUUAGAAGGAAGGACUUGAGUUUCAUCAGGAGUGGAAUUGACUAGGUGUCCUCCCACUGAAGAUGAGUGGGAGUGGAUGUUAGAACUCUUGGAGCAGCGAUAUCAUCUCUUUUGUGGCGGCUGGUGUCAUCUCACUGCUUUCCUGCGGGGGAACAAUGACAUGUCACUCUUUGCACAUGUGGACUUGUACAUCUGCAGUGGACAUUUAAUCGCAGAGCACCGAUGCUUAUCAGGAACUACGGAGCACAGGGUUCCCGGAGUUCAGCGCCUAAUAAAAAGCAAAGAUCGUGGAGAUGCUAGAAACUUCAAGCAGCUGUUAAAUGAGAAUGGAGCCUAUUAGGAAAGACAUGGAGCUGCUCAGCAACAGCAUGGCAACAUACGCGCACAUAAAAGCCAACCCGGAGAGCUUCGCCCUCUAUUUCAUGAUGGGCGUUUGUUUCGGCCUGCUCAUGGCACUUUGCCUCCUGGUGGCCGGCAUCACCUGCAGGUCACGCCGCCGCGUCGCCAGGCCUGCUCCGUCCCCCGAGAGGAGGCAGCUUAAGGAGUCCAGCGAGGAAGAGGAGGAGGCGGAGGAGGAUGAGAGCAUAGCGGAGGAAGAGGAAGUGGAAGGGAGCCAUAAAAUGACUCUGGUCCAGACGGACGACCGAAGCAGGCAGUCCGACGGCACGCUGAAGAGCGUCGACGUCUUCGCCUCGGUCGAAGAGCUGGAAAAGGCCCGACGUCUGGAGGAGAGGGAGCGCAUUGUCAGGGAGAUAUGGAGGAACGGACAGCCCGACAUCCUCGUCACUGGGACCGGUACUAUCGGACGGGUCCAUUACCACUAAGGUCCCAAACGGCUGCGGCCAAACAUUUGAACUGCAGAUGUGGACAACACUUUAUCAUGUAUUUUCAAAAGGGGUAUAAUAGGCAUUUUUCUUUCAAUUUCAACACAUCUGUGAGAUACUCUCAAAACACCCCGAAAAUCAAUAAUUGUAGUACAUUCAUAAACUACGCUGUGUGUAUGUGGCACACGGGCAUAUCACCGAACACAAACUUCCUCCAACAAACUCGCACGAACAAGUCACACUUAUCUAACGCAAAUCUGCGCAUCCUUCAAACUCAGCGCAGCUCCGCUUACCUUUUGUCUCGAGUUUAAUGAGCAGCGAUGUCACACCUGUGGAAGAUGUCCAUAUUUCUGCAAUCAAAGGUAUCUCAAGUGUCGUCAUUUGAAAAUGGAUUUGGAUCUUCGCCAAGAUUAUCUAUCACGUCAUGGGCGGGAAUACUCCGCCAUGGGUUGGGUUAUGUAAAUUAGCCCCAUUGUCACUUUGGGGGCGGUGGGGGGUGGGGGCGCAAAUACUUUCAGAAACAGACUGAUGACUUCGUAUUUACUUGGUUGGUUCAUUUUACAUUUGAUGAUUGGUCAGACGCAAGUACUUUAUAGAAACCAUUAAAAAGUGUAUUUCCCAUAAUCUGUUGAAUCAACGAGAAUAGUUUGCAUACAAUUGUUAUCGCGAUCACAUUUUAGAAAUAAAAAGACAGUCAUGGAAGUGUUUUUGUCGAUGUUUCUCCAUACAAAGCAAUCUCUGUCUUGACUGAAUAAAAUUAUUAGAACGUGUG